AUGACGCUCCGCACGGUCCAAAACACCAUGAAACACGCUCAUCAACUCUUGCAGCUGCUCACACACAGAUAUGGCUCUUGCAGUCCAGUCCACAUAUCCUGUUGGGAGGGAUCGCUGCAGAAGGUGGCAGCAUCAACCAGCAGAUGCAAAGCAACUGUGGCCAAAUUGCAUUCGCGUCAACGUGAGCUGACCCCCCUGCACAUUGCAGCGCUUUGCGGUCAUGCAGAUGUGGUGGACUUCCUGCUGCAACUCGACGCCGAUCCAAAUCUUGCAGGCGUGUACAACUACCGAGCGUUGCACAUAGCUGCGUCUUCCAGCCCUGCGAUUGUGCAGCUUCUGCUGGAUGCAGCGGCAAGCCCAGCAGCUCUGACGGACGAAGCUGACACUCCGCUUCACCUGGCAUGCUGCUACCAGCAGCUGCCAACCAUCCGCCUCCUGCUAAAGGCUGCAGCUGACCCAUCCGCCGCGAACAAUUUCGGCGUGACUCCGUUGCACAGCGCCGCAGCCACAGCCGCGCUGGAAGAGUGUGAUGUCCGCGAGGCCAAAGCAGUGCUGCUGCUGUGCAGCAACGGAGCAGACAUCAAUGCGAGAGAUCGGCAGGGCAAGACGCCCGCAGCAGUGGCUCGCAUGGCCGGUGCCGCAGCGAGUCUCGUGACAUUCUUGCAGGCUGGGGCUGGAUCCCCGCAGCUUGGUUUCCUGCUGCCGGGUUCACCUUCACGCUCAAGCGGCGAGGCUUCUGCAACGCGGGUCAAGCGCUGGGCAAGCGACCUGCUCCUCGAGGCCGGGCAGCAGGAUCUGGACGGGCACUCCAGCGAGGAGCAAAGGCCCUCGUAUGCAAAAGAGCUCGAAGAGGAGAAUGUCGUGCUCAAGAAGACAGUGCAGCAGCUUCAGUGUGACUUGAUGAAUGCGCAGAUCAAUGUGCAAUUGCUGAGAGAUUCUCUGGAUCUCCAAGCUUCGAGAGCUCCUCAUCCAAAGGACAUGGAGCCUCGGCUCGUCGACAUGGAAAGGCGCCUAAGACAGGCGUGCGACCGCUUCCAAGCAUUCGACGAGGAACGCCAGAGCGAGGAUCUGAGUUUUCUUGGAUGUGCUGUUGAUGCCGAGCCUCCGAGCGCCUCACUUGGCAUCACUUGGCAAGGCUGGGAGCAGGCUCAGCAACCGGGAGACUCGGCGCAGAGUGGAAGCGACUCCAGGUUGGCCUCAGAUGGGUCCAUACUCAUGGUUCGUGGUUGCGCCGUGCGCAGCCCGGCUCUGUUGGCGAGCACCUCAAUCUUGGGCCUGGCGGUCAUUCUGCUCUUCUACUUCCUUAGACGCAAGCGCUCCAAGCCGGCUGAGAUUCCGAAAGAUGGCCUAUUCGACCUACAGUUGUUGGGCAGGUUCAACGGCGUGACCGGACCAAUUUUCAUGGGCGUUUGCGGCAAAGUCGUGAAUGUAUCCAGCAGUGAGAACAUCACUGUUGGCGAAGGCUAUGGAAGAUUAUGGGCGGGCAGGGAUGCGACCUUUGCCUUGGCCACGCUCUCCCUGAAGCCGGAAGAUGCAAACGUUCUUGACUUCACCUUGGCGCAGUUCACUGACGACCAGCGAAAGGCACUUGCGGGCUGGUACAAGCACUUCACCUCGAAAUAUCCCGUCGUCGGCCGCCUUCGGGAGUAUGAUGGCUGGGACUUCUCAGAAAUCGAGAAGCAGGCAGAGAAAGAAACUCCGUUCGGCCUGGGAAAGGAGCAGAAGGGAGCCACAGCAGCCACCGGUCCAGACGAGCCGGUCCUGCUGAGACCUGGCGACAAGGUGAAGCUGCAGGGCUUGGAUGACAAGCUAGAUGGGAAGAUUGGUGUGCUCAAAAAGCUCGAUGCUGCCACUGGGAAGUUCGAGGUUGCGCUGGUGGACGAGGACUCAUCGGUCUUGGUCAAGCCCAACCAGAUUUCGAAGAUUUGA